UGUGUGUGAAAGUAUGUGUGUCUGUUUAUGAAGCAGGUAGGCAGGUCCUCUUCAGCGCAGCUGCUGUGUGGAGCAGGAGGCGGUGGUCUUGUUGUGAUUGAGCGGCCCGGCGGUGCAAGUUGCGCUGCAGGGGUGGGACUUUCCACUUGCAGAUCGUUAAGAGAUGCUCCCCUCUGUAGCUUCGCGCAGCAGAAGCGGAGGCACACCUUUGAGUUGAGGCUGAACCCUUAUCCUUCUCUUCCUCAUCCGGCUGGCCGCGUCUGAGCGCUCUCGGAUGCGCUAAAAACAGCAGGAGCCCGGACGCCGUUUCCCUUCUCAUCCUCCUCCUUCUCUUCCCUUGAGACAGAUAAACCCGACCGCCACCAGAGUCAUCGGAUGGAGAGAGGCACCUGAAGAAGGGAGCGGUGGAGUUGGUCUACCCUCCGCCUCCUCCUCCUCCACCUCUUUCCUUUUCCUCCUCCUCCUCCUCUCUACUGCACCAAAAGAAAACUCCUGGCUGGCUACAGAACCAUGUCCUCGGCUCAAAGUGAGGAUAUAUCAAGCUACCAUCUGAGUGUGGUGCGAAACCCACCAAGCUGGGAGGUAGGUAUCUACCUGGUGGGCUUCCUUGUGCUGUUGGGUGCUGCUGGGCUUAACAUCUGGAAGUUAUGGAAGUCUGGUACCUUCCCUGCCCCCUCACCAUUUCCCAACUUUGACUAUCGAUACCUGCAAGAAAAAUAUGGAACCUCCUUCUCAGAAGUCAGGCAAAAGAGAGUGGCAGCCAACAACCAUCGGCGCAUCUCUGCCACGUCCAGUCGUAAGCCCAGCCUGGCCCUUGGGGACACCCCAGAUGGCUUCAGAGACCUGGGCCACCUGGAACUGAUGAGCAGGGAGCUGGACCCAACCGGCAUGGCUCAGCUGAACCGAUCCGUCUCCACUGACUCACUCAGCUCCAUCUCCUCCAUCGCCAACAACUUCGGCCACGACUUCACGGUUGGCCAGCUGGAAGUGACCCUGGAGUUUGAGCCACCUCGGCAGCUGGGCCAAGGGGUAGGAAUGCUCCACAUCACCCUGCACCAGGGCAAAGACCUGCUGGAGAGGGAGGAAGGUGACUUCCCUGGCUGCUUCAUCAGAGUCUCACUCGGACCAGAUGAGCUUAAUGUGGGAGUCACAAGGAUCCAGGCGAAUGCAUUCACUGUGAUCUUUGAUGAGCGCUUCUCUGUUCCCAUGGACCUGUCCACUCUGGAGGAAUUCAGCCUGCGUUUUGCUGCUUUUGGUAUCGACACUGAUGAAAGAAACAUCAGCGCAGGAGUAGCAGAGCUCAAGUUGUCAGAUCUGGACCUGACCAUCAGACCAUUCAAUGCCUGGCUUUACCUCCAAGAUGUCAAUAAGGCUGUGGAUGCAGUUGGGGAGAUCCUGCUGUCUCUCAGUUAUUUGCCCACAGCAGAGCGUCUUACCGUGGUCGUGGCCAAGUGCAAGAACCUGGUGUGGACCAAUGACAAGAACACUGCAGAUCCAUUUGUCAAAGUGUAUCUCCUGCAAGAUGGCAGAAAGAUCAGCAAGAAGAAGACUUCCACAAAAAGAGAUGACACAAACCCCAUCUUCAAUGAAGCCAUGAUCUUCUCGGUGCCGUCCAUCGUCCUGCAGGAGCUCUCUCUGAGGGUCACAGUGGCUGAGGCCACAGAUGACGGCCGGGGUGAAAACCUCGGUCAUGUGAUCAUCGGCCCAGAGGCCAGCGGGAUGGGAAUCACCCACUGGAACCAGAUGCUGGCCACCCUGAGGAAACCUGUGUCCAUGUGGCACCCUAUACGCAGGAUCUAGUCCUCUCAGCACCUGCUCAAGUAAAACGCUCACUUCUUCAUGUUCCUUUGGACUUUGUUUGGUACUAUGUUUAGAUCUGUUGCAGUGUUAUAAUUAGAGUUUACAAUGUGACCAACAAAGGGUAUGAGUAACUGAGCUGGUUAACACCUCAUCUUUAUGUGAGUAGGAGGAAUCUGAAAAGGUUGUUGCUAUUUUUUAUUAUUCAGCUUCAUCCUGAUUUGGGUGCAUUAUGGGUAAAGCUGGCAUUUACACCAGUCAUUGGUAUGUGGUAAGUUGUUAAAUUCUCCACAUCCUUCAUCCUUACCUUACUCUUGAGAAAAAAAUAUGUGUGAAAUUUGAUUUGUCUCUCCAGGAUUCACCAGGAGAUAUAAAUAUGUAAGCAAUUUUCCCUCUCACAAGUCAGGACUAAACAUUUCAGUUUAAACUUUAGGAUGAGUUUGCAUUAAGAAAAGAAGUCCACCCUUGACACAGCCCCUCCCUCUGCAUGGUACCUACCGGUACUCUGGUUGUAGCCUCUUAUAGCUGUGUAGAGAACAAACUGGAUGCAGGGGGUGACAUCGCUUCUCUUUCAGGAAAACCCUCAUUUGUCUUUUGAAACCAGUCAUUGAUUGCAUCCACUUGAUUGAUUUCGUAGCAGAUUUAAAGCCAACUGGAGUCAGCUCUAUUGGAUUUGCUUGUGUAGUUUGUUAACAGUAAGACUGACAAAUAAUAGAGGUUUUGGUAUUUUCAGUAUUUGUUGUGCUUUCGAAAAUAUCCAGGUACUCUUAUCCAGGUGAAAUAAUUGUAAUUUGUAGCAGUUGUUGCAGGGUGGCCAAAUCAGCUGUAAUAAUACUAAAAAUAUAAUGUUGACUUUCUUCUAUUUUCAAUGCAAUACUAGUUGCAUAAGCAUAUUUCAGACUGUAAAUAAUGCACUAUAAAAUGUUUUUCAUCCACAUUUGCUCCUCAAAACUCUGGGUGAAAGUUUUUCACAAACCAAACGUCAUUCAAACAAACCGUUGGAGAACAUAAAUAUCAUUGCUGGUUAAAUAACUAUUACUGAAACAUCUCUGGGAAUUAAACAUGUGAUAUAAAGUCAUUUAUAUGAGUUUCUGUUAUGAUAGAGAAAACACCUUGAUAUUUUGAAUAAAUCUUUUUUUUUAUAUUUUUCUUUAAAUCAGGUAUUUUUCACACUAAUUUUAGCUUCUGAUGUGAACUGAAAUUUGAACUAAUUGUUCAAUUUAGCUGCAGCUUGAAAGCUGAUUGGUAACACUAAAAUGUUUUUGAUUAGAAUAAAACAAUUCAGAAUGUCAAGGUGGUUUUUUUUAUCUUCUCCUUAACAUUGUGCAGUUGUGUUUUGUUGUAACUUUUGAACGUGACAUUAAUGUAAAAUAUCAAUCUUUUUUCCCAAGCAGAAUCUGUUGUACAUGUUUGAUAAAGAUUUCAUCACACAUUGAAAAUCUAUCCAAAAACAACAUAUUUGCUCAUAUAAUAGACAAUAUCUCCUACUGUGCCAAAUAACGAAGCAAUAUUUUCAUUUACAGUCUGCAUUUAUAUUCAGUUCCACAAAGCUGUAGCCUACAUUUCACCAUGCAUGAAGUUAUUUAGCACUUGAUGUGAAUGUGCCUCAAGAAUACAGUGUAUUGUGUGAAUGCUGUUUCAAAUAAAAGCAAUUCAACAACAA